CAGGGAAAUGUUUCAAGCUUUCCCCGGAGACUACGACUCCGGCUCCCGGUGCAGUUCCUCACCCUCUGCCGAGUCUCAAUAUCUGUCUUCGGUGGACUCUUUCGGCAGUCCACCCACCGCCACCGCCUCCCAGGCACUCACAGACAGAUUCCCACUCCCUCUGCUCCGGAUGCCCGGUUCCUCCAGUGUGUCCCAAGACAGGACUAGAACCGCGAACCGAAGGGCAACCAGCCAGGUGGUCUCCAGGAGCUCCGCCCCCUCUGGGUUCCCAGGACGCUGAUUGGCCGGAGAGCCAGCCCUUCCCUCACCACGCCCCCCGAGAGAGUAGUUAAGCCUUCAGAGCAGUUCCAGGAGUCCAUUUACGGGAGGGGGGAGAUGAGCGCUGCUGAAGCUUGGGGGCUCGGGUUCCGCACCAUUCCCCUACCGCGACAAUCUAAGGGAGCCUCGGUGGUUACUUUUCUCUACCUGUCCGUUCACCCUAAACUGUCACUCGUCAGUCUCACUCUGAAAAGAGACAGUAACUUGAAACGUUGUUCUAAACUCCUAGGCCCGUCCCCCAAACACCCUUUUGACUGGGACCCCCGCCCCUACAUGGGACCUCGCGCAGAGGGGUGUGUGUGUGUGUGAGUGUAGAGGAAGGCUUGGCCUAAGGCCUCUCCUUCUCCCUCCCCUUGCCUCUGGGGUGGGGGUGGGGUGUUGUGGCUGUGUGUGUGGCUGUGGCUCCGUCCCGGGGGUUCUGUCAGCCGGCUGUGUCCAGCCUCCUCUCCACCCCCUACACCUAAGAGUCACCAACCCGGGGUGUGAUUCACCACCCGCUGGAACCGUGCAACCUUUCCCCGAGGAAGAAGGAGGAGGUAGAAGCCAGUUGAGCAGAAAUCCUCUCAUUAACCACUGCGUCACGGUGUAGUGGAAGGGUGGGUGUCGUGGCUUUUUUCCUGUGACACACACAUCCACACUCGCUCACCCUGUGCUCACUCACGGGGUCGGUGUGUGUUAUGUGUGUUGGGUGUGUGUGUGUUGGUGUCUUUGUUUGUGUGUCUACGCCUGUGUGUGUAUGUGUCACCCCGUAGGAGUGCGCCGGUCUCGGGGAAAUGCCCGGUUCCUUCGUGCCCACGGUCACCGCGAUCACAACCAGCCAGGACCUCCAGUGGCUUGUGCAACCCACCCUCAUCUCUUCCAUGGCCCAGUCCCAGGGGCAGCCACUGGCCUCCCAGCCCCCGGUCGUCGAUCCCUACGACAUGCCGGGAACCAGCUACUCCACGCCAGGCAUGAGUGGCUACAGCAGUGGCGGAGCGAGUGGCAGUGGUGGGCCUUCCACCAGCGGAACCACCAGUGGGCCUGGGCCUGCCCGCGCAGCCCGCGCCCGGCCAAGGAGACCCCGAGAAGAGACGCUCACCCCAGAGGAAGAGGAGAAGCGAAGGGUGCGCCGGGAACGAAAUAAACUAGCAGCAGCUAAAUGCAGGAACCGGCGGAGGGAGCUGACUGACCGACUCCAGGCGGAGACAGAUCAGUUGGAGGAAGAAAAAGCAGAGCUGGAGUCGGAGAUCGCCGAGCUCCAAAAGGAGAAGGAACGUCUGGAGUUUGUGCUGGUGGCCCACAAACCGGGCUGCAAGAUCCCCUACGAAGAGGGGCCUGGGCCGGGCCCGCUGGCGGAGGUGAGAGAUUUGCCGGGCUCAGCACCGGCUAAGGAAGAUGGCUUCAGCUGGCUGCUGCCGCCCCCGCCACCACCGCCCCUGCCCUUCCAGACCAGCCAAGACGCACCCCCCAACCUGACGGCUUCUCUCUUUACACACAGUGAAGUUCAAGUCCUCGGCGACCCCUUCCCCGUUGUUAACCCUUCGUACACUUCUUCGUUUGUCCUCACCUGCCCGGAGGUCUCCGCGUUCGCCGGCGCCCAACGCACCAGCGGCAGUGACCAGCCUUCCGAUCCCCUGAACUCGCCCUCCCUCCUUGCUCUGUGAACUCUUUAGACACACAAAACAAACAAACACACGAGGGAGAGAGACUUGGAAGAGGAGGAGGAGGAGAGAGAGGGGAAGAGACAAAGUGGGCGUGUGGCCUCCCCGGCUCCUCCGUCUGACCCUCUGCGGCCACUGCGCCACUGCCAUCGGACAGGAGGAUUCCUUGUGUUUUGUCCUGCCUCUUGUUUCUGUGCCCCGGCGAGGCCAGAGAGCUGGUGACUUUGGGGACAGGGGGUGGGAAGGGGAUGGACACCCCCAGCUGUCUGUUGGGUCCCUGACGUCAACCCAAGCUCUGGGGAUGGGUGGGGAGGAGGAGUGGGGUGACGCCCACCUUCGGGCAGUCCUGUGUGAGGAUGAAGGGACGGGGGUGGGAGGUAGACUGUGGGGUGGGCUGCAGUCCUCUCCAGAGAGGCUCAACAAGGAAAAAUGCCACCCCCCACCCAAUGUCUCCCAUACCCACCCUUUUUUUGGGGUGCCUAGGUUGGUUUCCCCGGCACUCCUGACCUUAGCUUAUUGAUCCCACAUUUCCAUGGGGUUAGAUCCUCUUUACUAUGGGCAGAAGUGAGCCCCCCCUUAAAGGGAAUUUGAUGCCCCCCUAGAAUAAUCUCAUCCCCCGACCAGACUUCUUUUGAAAUGUGAACAUCCUUCCUUCACUGUCUAGCCACUCCCUCCCAGAAAAACUGGCUCUGAUUGGCAUUUCUGGCCUCCUAAGGCUCCCCAUCCCGAAAUCAGCCCCCAGCCCUGUUUCUCAUGACAGUGUUAUCCCAAGACCCUGCCCCCUGCCAGCCGGCCCUCCUGGCCUUCCUCGUUGGGCCGCUCUGCUUUCAGGCAGCAGGGGGUGCUGUGAUGCCGUCCUGCUGGAGUGAUUUAUACUGUGAAAUGAGUUGGCCAGAUUGUGGGGUGCAGCUGGGUGGGGCAGCACCCCUCUAGAGGGAUAAUGCCCCCACUCCCGAAAGCCUUUCCUUGGUCUCCCUUCCGUCCAUCCCCCUUCUUCCUCCCCUCAACAGUGAGUUAGACUCAAGGGGGUGACAGAGCCGAGAAGGGGGUGACAGUCCUCCAUCCACGUGGCCUCUCUCUCCUCAGGACCCUCAGCCCUGGCCUUUUUCUUUAAGGCCCCCCGACGGAUCCCCAGCCUAGGACGCCAACUUCUCCCACACCUUGGUCCCCCACAUCCUCUCUAGGAAGGGAGUGAGGGGGUGUGACAUUUUUCCGGAGAAGAUUUCAGAGCUGAGGCUUUGGUACUCCCAAACCCCCAAUAUUUUUGGACUGCCAGACUCAAGGGGCUGGAAUCUCAUGAUUCCAUGCCCAAGUCCCCCCAGCCCUGACGCUGGUUUUGGCUCUCCCACCCUGCCGUUCCCUGCGCUUCAUCUCAUGAGGAUUUCUUUACGAGGCAAAUUUAUAUUUUUUAAUAUCGGGGGGUGGACCACGCCGCCUUCCAUCCGUGCUGCAUGAGAAACAUUCCACGUGCCGCUUGUCGCGCGUCUCCUGUCCUGAUCCCAGACCCAUUCCGUAGCUAUUUAUCCCUUUCCUGGUUUCUGAAAGGCAAUUAUAUCUAUUAUGUAUAAAUAAAUAUAUUAUAUAUGGAUGUGUGUGUGUGCGUGCGCGUGAGUGUGUGAGCGCUUCUGCAACCUCAGCCUAGGUCACAUUGGCCCUCAAAGCGAGCCGUUGAAUUGGAAACUGCUUCUAGAAACUCUGGCUCAGCCUGUCUCAGGCUGACUCUUUUCUGAUCGUCUCGGCCCCUCUGAUUGUUCCUGAUGGUCUCUCUCCCUCUGUCUUUUCUCCCCUGCCUGUGUCCAUCUGACCGUUUUCACUUAUCUCCUUUCUGACUGUCCCUGCCGAUGCUCCAGCUGUCGUCUGACUCUGGGUUCAUUGGGGACAUGAGAUUUUAUUUUUUGUGAGUAAGCCUGAGGGAUCGUAGAUUUUUACAAUCUGUAUCUUUGACAAUUCUGGGUGCAAGUGUGAGAGUGUGAGCAGGGCUUCCCCCUGCCAACCACAAUUCAAUGAAUCCCCGACCCCCCGACCCCAUGCUGUAUUUGUGGUUCUCUUUUUGUAUUUUGCACCUGACCUCGGGGGGCUGGGGCAGAUUGGCGAUGGGCCGUCCCCUCUCCCCUGGUUCUGCACUGUUGCCAAUAAAAAGCUCUUAAAAACGCA